AGCAAGGUAAUUAAUCAUAAACACAGACGUCCGUGACUCGCUCAAACUCCGAACCCCAAAUCCGCCAUGACCGAUCCCCUCAGCGUCAUCCACCUCCGGUCCACUUCUCAGAUCCUCAAACGAACCACGACCCAUUUCUUCUCCAACCUCUUCACAUUCCUCUUCCUUUCCUUACUCCUCUGCUCCUUCCGCUCCCUCGUCGAAUCCGGCUCUAUCCUCCUCACUUCCUUCAUCGACCGAGACCCUUCCCUCAGGGCCCUCCUUUCCCGCCUCGAUCUCCACCCCAACAAUCCUGACGCCCGUCUAGAUCCUUCUCGGCGCCACACGCGCCGCCGUUUCCUCCACCUCACCCGCGUUGGCACCCUCGAUGAUGAUUUCUUCUCCUCCGAUGAUGACCACCGCGAUCGUUCCCUCUUUGGUUCCCUCCGUAACCCUCCUACCAAUGGGACCCCUAUCGUUGUCUCCAACUUCGAUCCCAAAUUGGGGUUUUCGAAUUUUGUCGCGGACAAUGGAAUUUUUCUCCCGGAGGUAGUCCGCUACGGAGUCAAAUUCAAGGCGUCAUCUUUUGACAACAUUGAGCAGCAUCACGAGCGUGAUCAAGAACAGGAGCAGGGACGGGAAGAGGAGCAGAAUAGUGACGGGAAAGAACUGGAGAAUAUUGUGGAUUUUCAGUUCUUUAUCAAGGGCUUGGAGCUGGGUCGGCGCGAUGCGGCAGCUUUAUUCUUUCUUGUGACCUUCAUGUCGGCUGCAUACGGGUGGGUGAUUCUAGGUUUCACAGUGAUAUAUUCAUGGGUUAUGGGCGUUAUUUUCUUUACCGUCGUUAAUGAUUUGAGUGGGAAGUUUGUUUCGCUCUCUAGAGCUGUUUGGGACGGUUCUAGGUUGGGUCUCAAGAGGCUCGCCGGCUUCAUCUUGAUGCGAUGGGCCGUGAGAGAUGCGCUGACGCAGCUUCUUGGGUUGUGGUAUUUCGGUGAGGUUGAGGAUCAGUACUCGUUUUUCAAGCUAUUUGUGAGGUUGAAGUUGAUUCCCUUUUCAGUCAUGUGCCCCUGGAUUCGGGGUUUUGAGAGGGAGAUUUCAGGGUUCUUGUUUACAUGGUUCUUGUUGGAUACUUUGGUGGCGCUUAUUUUCUCGUUGGAUGCUUGGAUUGUCAUCAUGGAUUCUGGGAGGAGUGGGAAGGAGAUUCUGAAGGAGGGUUGUUACUUGCUGUCCACAAUGUUAAGUCCAGCAAUACAAAUUAAGUGUUAUGAAGCUAUACUCGGAGGGCCUCUUGCAAGAUUGGUAUUGACACGAAUUGGUGGGAAUUUAUUCGCAGCUGUUUGCCAGGCAGUUUUUGAAGUUUACUUCAUGGUGGCAUGGUUGAUAUUUUACUUUGCAGCUAGGUGUAGGGAUCCUAAUGCGGAGGGGAGGAGGUUUGGAAGAAGAGAAUUGGAGGGCUUGAUUGACGGCCUUAGAUAAUACUUAGAAGGAAUGCGGUGCGGCGGUGACUGUUUUUAUAGCAGGUAGAACUAUCAAUUGUGAUAUAGAAGAUAGAGAUGGUAAUCUUCCAUCGCAUUCCAUCUUUAUGUUUUUUCAGUCCUGGUGAUGCAAUACAGCCCUUGUGUAAGCAACUAAGAUCUGUUGUAUGAACUCUACCAUGAGGCAAUAUACCACUUGUGUAUAUUUUUCCUAAUCAUUUUUGUCAAUGCCCCAAAAGUACCUGACCUUCAGUUAUAUGAAUCGAGAAUGUAAUUCACGUGCCUUCUGCAAGUGGUACUCAUGCGUGAUACUUAGACCUAUCUAAUCCUUAUCCAUUUUUUUGUAUACAUGUGCAUCUGUGGAAACAGGUUAGUUAAAGUUAGGCUGACAGGGUUGCCUUUGAUAACUUAUCCUUUUGCUGUGCUCGUUGAUUUGUUAUUUUUGUCGUUUUAUUGGAGGGAAAACAAUUGAGCAAUCUGUAGAGGUCAAGCAAGUACAGAACAUUUUGCAUAUGAUCUGCAAUUUUAGCAGUA